AUGUGGCGAUCGCUCUACAGCAAUUUCUAUAGGCGCCGUCUCCUCCUUGGUUCGUCUCGCAGCGUCUAUUUAGUAAAGCUUCUUACAUUAGUCUUUCCUUCUUUGCUGGCUGCUUAUUUUGUGUGCGUCAAGUUCUCUGUAUACCUUACUCUUGCGAAACUUAUCAAGAACGGUGAUGUCGGCAGCGAACAUAGAUGGCAGCUACUGUACAAUCCCUUAAAUGCCGCUGUGAUGGAAGAACAGAGAAGGUCCGUAAAGGUGAGCUGA